AUGAUUUGCUUGUGGUUCCUCUCUCUUCUUACUUAUGGACUUACAAUACUGCAGGGGGUGAAUUGUUGGACAUACCAUUAUUCAGACACAAAUAUGACCUACAAGGAAGCAGAACUGUGGUGCAAAAAGAGGUAUACUAACAUGGUUGCCAUUCAGAAUAAGGAGGAAAUCAAGUAUCUCAAUGAAUUCUUACCCUUCAAUCGGGGUUACUACUGGAUUGGAAUCAGAAAAAUUAAUGAUGUGUGGACCUGGGUUGGAACUAACAAAGAACUGACAGAUGAGGCAAGAAACUGGGCUACAGGUGAGCCAAAUGGCAAAGGGAACAAUGAGGACUGCGUUGAAAUCUACAUCAAAAGAGGGAAGGAUGAUGGCAAAUGGAAUGAUGAGAAGUGUGAGAAGAAGAAGGUGGCCUUGUGCUACACAGCUUCUUGCAACUCUUCUCUCUGCGGUGACCAUGGAGAAUGUGUAGAGACUAUUAACAGUCACAGCUGCCAAUGUAACCCUGGAUUCUAUGGGCCUGCGUGUGAGUUUGUUGUGAGGUGUGAUCCACUAGAGAAACCCGAUCAUGGGAGCCUCGAGUGCAGCCACCCACUGGAGAACUUCAGCUACAACUCAUCCUGCACAGUUCAGUGUGAGGAAGGCUAUGAGCUGACUGCACUGGAAUCUGUACACUGUACCUCUUCUGGGGUCUGGUCUGCCCCCCUUGCAGCGUGCAAAGUUGUACAGUGUGAACCAUUGAGCUCUCCUGAGAAAGGCUUUAUGAAUUGCUCACGUGCUGCUGGGAUCUUCACAUACAACACAGCCUGCCAUUUCAGCUGUGUGGAGGGAUGGAGUCUCAAUGGCUCUCAUCUGCUUGAAUGCAGUCAUUCAGGAAACUGGAGUGCAAGCCUGCCCACGUGUGAAGCUUCUGAACAACUCGGCUACGUCUCUGUGGGCAUAGCAGCCACAUCUGCCUCUCUGCUGUCCACAGGAACAUUCCUCCUUUGGCUUGCAAGGCGCUUCCGAAGGAAAGGAAUUUAA